GGCUGGGCGGGACGCGCACACAAACACACGUCCUAUAAAACCGUUGGAUGAACCAUGGCUUGAUAAUGGAUUAACGCAUUAGACAGAUAACCAGCGAGAUCAAACCAUAAAGCCCAGAUGUCAAUGUAUUGGAAGAGAACACCCAUCCACCCAUUGACGAGGAGUGAGUCACAUUUUAAAGCAGCUGAAUAAGCGUGCGCCGGUGCGGACGGGGAGAUUCAGCGUGGGGUAUUACACUCGUUUUUACGGGUACUUAAAGCCCACUGCAGCAGCAGGUUUAUGGGGAAGAGAAGCGUGGAGCUCGCGCCGACAAAACGAACCCACAGCUGCUGCGCGAGCCUCUAGUGUUUCAAACAAUCACAGCGCGCGGGAUGCCCCUGCACGCUGCUGGUGCGCAUCUUCAUAAAGAGCGACGUUUCGACUGACGAGACUCCAAAACUAUAUCCGUUCCGAGCUAAAGCCCGAGAACAAGCGGCUGACGAGAGUUUGAAAGUUUGUCCUGAACUUUGUAGCUGCCUCACCGAGAACAAAGCUGAGAAAAGUACGUUUACAGGAACUUCAAAGGGAACAGCGCCGCCGAGAAGAUGCGUGGAGAGGUCGCGAGGAGAUUUCAGAUGCUGCUCGCGCUUUGCUCGAUUCUUCUCUUCAGUUUGGGAGCAGGCUUUCCAACAAGACGCGAGAGUUUUACCCAUAAAAUUCAUGGCCAUCCAGUUCAGAGUGGUGGGAGCCAGCAUGUCUCCGAGGAGCAGCAGAACCAGGUCCAGAGCAUUCUGCCUGAGCCUCACAGCCACCAGAGGAGGUGGUCUCACCCCCAACACCGCUCUGUUGGGGUUCUUCCACAGCCGGAGCCUGAGGAGGAGACCAAACCUUUUAUCUUCGACAUAAACAACUUUCCAGACUUAGCCAAUGCUGACAUUAACUCUCAGAACCCCAACAUACAGGUAACCAUAGAAGUUGUUGACGACCCUCAGAUGGAGGUAGAGAUGGACCUGGCCAAUGAAAAAGAUUGGCUACCUUCCUCCCCCUCCUCCACAGUGGAUUGGAUCGGAGGCAAGAAGCUCUUUUGGCCCCUCUUUUGGAGCUACACCGAUUCCAGCGAGGAAAGCAACAGUCGGUCAGGCACAGACGAAACUGGGGAGGAAGAGGGAGAGGAUGAUUACCCUCUGGAUUAUGGAAGUGAAGAGCCCUUACCCAGUGGAGUGGGGGGAGACUGGGAUACUCGUUGGAAUGAAGGUUGGGAUCCCAUGGAAAGCUAUUAUAAGAAAGACACAGAUGAAUGGACUCCUUGGUCUCCAUGCUCGGUGACAUGUGGACACGGUGAAAAGAAGAGGACUAAAUCCUGUGGCUACUCCUGCACGCUGACCGAAGCUUCAAAGUGUGACCUGGAGCCUUGUCCUGGUGAUGUCAACGCUGUAAUAGAACCAUUGCCUUUUGAGAUGGAGAACGGCACUGAACCAUUUGGAACAGAUGUGGACAGCUGCGAGAAAUGGCUUAACUGCAAGAGUGACUUUCUCCAGAGGUAUCUGCAGCAGGUUUUGUCUGAGCUGCCCAGCUGUCCCUGCUCUUACCCGUCCGAAGUGGCGUACACUGUGGUGAGCCUCUACGAUGAGACUCACGGGCGGCCUUUCCGCUGGCGCGAUGCCAGUGGCCCAAAGGAGCGGCUGGACAUCUACAAGCCCUCCGCCCGAAGCUGCAUUCGCUCUGCACUUUCCAGCGACUCAUCUACUCUAGCGGCACAGCAUUGUUGCUACAAUGAUCGUGGACGCCUGAUCACACGGGGGAAGGGCGCGGGCACGCCAAACCUCAUCAGCACCGAGUUCUCGCAAGAGCUGCACUUCAAGGUGGAUGUUCUGCCUUGGAUCCUGUGCAAAGGGGACUGGAGUCGCUUCCAUGUGGUACGGCCACCGAAUAACAAACUGAGUUGCCCAGAAAACCCCCAUGAAGAUGUGUUUAUGAAUGAACUUGAAGAGGCCAGAGAGUACUGAGUUCAUACUGCUAAAACAACUACAGUUCAGUUGGAGAGUCAGAGGACCCAGUCCUGAUUUGAGAUGAAACAGCCUCUGCUAAAAGAUGUGAAAUAUUACUUCAUGGCCACACAUGAACUAUUAAUCAUGCAUAAAAAAACUCAAAGAAUGUUUUCAUUUGUGAUUGGGAGUUUUGAUGAGGUCUGUGCCUAUUUCAAAUUAGGAAUAGCAUCAUUGUCCAGAAUACAGGCUCAACGAACUGAUUUUCAUGAGAGGAGGAGGAACAAAAUGGAACAAUGUAUGUUCAGUUGCCAUCUUCUCAAACAUCUGGUGUUACAUCCAUUUAUUUCUUUCUAAAUUUUAUUCACUCCGUGGCUUGUUUUAUGUUAUCCAGUAGUUAUUGUCUACUAAUGGAUAAUAACAACAUGUGGCCUGAAGCUUUAUACAAAAAACUGUUAUGUUGACAAAGUGGUUCUUUCUAAGACACAAACAUAGGUAUGGGCAGAGUUUAGCUGAUCAACAUCUUAACAAUGCUGCUACAACACAAAAACCCUCAGGCUGUGCAGAUCCAAAACACAAUACAUGCAUUCAGUUAGUGCUUUUUCCAACACAACUGCAAAUUCUUAAGGUAUAUGGAUCUGAAUAUGAAAUUAUCUGAAAGGCAAAAUGACUUUUGAUGACAGUUGAUUGUCCUUGUAAGACUUUCCAGAGAGCGUUACGAAAGUAGCCUUUAGGUGAAAAUGAUCCAGAAAAAUCACAUUUAAUUUCAAAUGUUUUGUCACACUGACUGAUUUCAUCCGUUUCCUCAUGUUUUCUUUCAAACCCAGCUUUCAGACCCAGCCUCCAUAUCUCUACAGUGCAGAUGUGGGUUAAGAACAAGUUGGACAGUGGUUAGAUUUUGCACGUAGGUGUGUCUCUACAAUGUUCUCAGGGGGACUAACUGAUCAUAUCAAACAAAUUUGCUCAUAUACCUCAUCAGCAGGACACUUCUGGAUCUUGUACAAAGCGGGUUGGGGUGAAGUAUUAGCUGUGUAAUCCACAUAGGAAGUGAUGAACAGAUUAUGCCUUUUCAGAAAGCAGCUGGAUUCUUUACGUUUGAAGAGUUCGGUUGGGACAUAUUCCUUUCAAGCUGCUCGAUUGAACUUGAUUGGAUAGAAAAGACAUUCCUUCCUAAAUAAAGUAAUGUCUUCGGCUGACAGGAUAUUGGUACUGGCAACAGGAACAAGUUGGUAUUACCAAAUAUUUCAGGCUUUAGCCAUUAGGUAUGGUGCAUGAUAUUAAAAAAGGCACAGUUUUAACCUCUGGCAAAUACGUUUCAGCUUUGAAGAACUACCUUUGUGAUGGACACACCUAAACAUGACCCCAGGACUUGUCCUUUCUAUCCAAUCUCAUUCCAUGGAUAUUUGCUCCAAACCUCUUUUCAGGAAUUCUGCCUCCACAUGCAUACAGACAUUUGUACUUUGAAAUAGCCAGUUUUAAAGUAAGGCACUUUAUUUUUUGCCAUUUAUUACGAAGUUUGUUAUUGUGAAAUUAAGCUCACCAGAGAUGCUGCGUUAUUUCAUGAAGUUGCAAAACAUGUAAGAAGUGUUGAUAGAAAGCAUUAUCUUUGUUGUAAUUUCUGAGUCUAGUAUUACAUAUUAAGGUGUUGUACAGUAUUUAUUUGUCUUUUCUGUUUUGUUUUUUAAGUUUUCUGAAGCAUUGAAAUGUCUCUACAUUCAAUAUGGUGCACUAGUUGAACUGAACAAAUGAGGGCACCUGGUAACAAAGGGAAGCAAAACAUGUCUGUCUUUCAUUUUGUGUUGGACUGCUCUAUCAAUUUGUUGUUGCAAUUAUAUUGAAGAAAUAUCUAUAUAUAUAUAUGUAUAAAUAUAAAACGUUUGCAUUCAU